ACAUCCCCCCACCCACCCCACCCCUCCCACCCCCCCCACCCCUCAGCUCCCGGCUUCACUUCAGCUUACACCACUCAGCCUUCAUCCUUCCCCGGCUCGCCAUACCAGACCUUCCCUCAGUCCUACACAGGUGGAGAGGACCACUACCACGGACCCCACGGACCAUACGGACCCCACGGACCGCUGGGGCACCCGGGACCCUACCAUACUCAGCCCGGGUAUCAUGGGUACCAGAGCGGGGGCCCCGGAACCUCCCACCACUGGGACGGACAACCAAAACAAACAGUGUUCGUGGUGGAGCAGCGUCAGGAAGAAGAGGACGGUGGCGCGGCGGACUCGUGUCUGGCGGCGUGUUCAGCCAUCAUGUGCUGCUGCUGUCUGUUUGACAUGUUUGAACAUUACCACCAUGAUGAUGACAUCUGACAUCUGACCUCUGACCCUAACCACCGCUCAGGCUCAACUUUCUGAACAUUUAAAUGUUUUUAUGUUUCUGAUGAUGAAGAGUUUGUUGAUAUCCUUCAUCAUCACUUCUGACCCUGCUGACAAUAAGAUAAAUAAAACGUAUAUGAGUCA